GCCGAAGUGCUGGUGGUGCAUGUUAAAAUUCAGCUGGCUGUGGAGUCACAAUGGGAGAUAGGUGGCCCAGAAUACACCCAAUUCAAGACAGAGGCAUGUCUGGGCAAGUAUCGCGCUGCACUUGACAAGCUGGAGCACCUAGUGGUCAUGCAGUUAUUCGAGCUUUCCAAACUUUUGAUGUCAGGGACAGGGUACAAACUAUGUCAGCAGAUCAGCAAGGCUUUGCAACAGUGUUCUGAGGCUAUCCGAAACACAAUAAAUCAGUACAAUAUCCAGGCUCUCGCUCUCAAUCCCCCAUGCCCAAAAAUUUCGUGGAAAGAUAUAGUUGAUUAUAGUUUUCUUGGCGAGUUUGAUUUGUUACGACAUUCACGUGCCGGCAUUUGCAUCAAUGAUUGGGCUAAACCAAACCAUCAGGAAGCUACUAAUAAAUUUGUCAAGUUACGUCAUGCUCAUGAAGAAGUCGAGCAACUUAACAUUGAAGUUUGCCGCUUACACACUGCAAUUCACGCUGAAGAACUCCAAACCUCUGCCGUUAUCGACAACCUGCUUCUUUCGGAUCCGAGACUGGCUGCUGAGCUGCAGCGUCAAUGCCGUCUGCGU